GCCUGUCUUACCGACUCGUCAGACUCGGAGUUGUCUCUGUCGGAUGGGGAAUUCGAAACUAUAUAAGUUGUCUUUAUUGUGACGCACGAAUAUAUUUCACGCACAGCUGCCAGUUUACACGAAGCAUGGAGGAAGAAUGCACAGAUAACAUGCCGGAUGAUAAUUUUGCUCCCCGGGAGUAUCAGGUUGAGCUCUUUGAAGCAGCUCUGGAAGCAAAUACAAUUGUAUGCCUCGGUACAGGAACUGGCAAAACAUUCAUCGCUGUCAUGCUCAUAAAGGAAUUGGAACAUCAAAUUCGAGUGCCGUUCGAAGAAGGCGGGAAGAGAACGUUCUUCCUCGUGCCUUCAGUGCCCCUGGCCGUACAGCAGAAGGACGCCAUCCAGCGCCACACGUCGCUAAGAAUUGGGAGCUACAUUGGGGCGAUGGGUAUCGACAACUGGGACAAGGACCACUGGCAGAAGGAAUUCAGCGACAAGCAUGUCCUAGUGAUGACAGCGGAUAUUUUCAAGAUCAUCAUCACCCACGGAUUCUUGCCGUUUGCUCGCGUUAACCUAAUCGUUGUGGAUGAGUGCCACAAGGCUGUAAAGAAGCAUACAUACCGUGAAAUUUUUCGCUGCCUCGACGUUGUAGACCCUGAAGAUCAUCCGAAGGUGUUGGGUCUGACGGCAUCUGUUAUAAGUGAUCAGACUAAGGAACAUAAUGUGUUACCGAAGAUUAAAGACUUGGAAAAGUCUCUGUACUGUAGGGUGAUGACUGCAACGGACCAAGAAGUUAUGUCGAAGUAUGGCACAAAACCCCAGGAAAUUUUGGUACUGUACAAGCGCCACAACUUCACUCUGGACUUGGGAAGUGUAAGCAUGGAGAAAUACGCGCCAGGCGAGGAUCAGUUGCAGAAACGAAUGAACGAGCUCAGUAAUAUGUGGGCAGAGCUUGGUCCAUGGUGUGGAAGGCUGGCCUGCAAACUCUUUAUUGAAGAGGUGAAAGGAGAACUCGAGCGGUCUGAACCAGAGUCAAGGGCAGAAGUAGCGGAAUACCUGUCGAGGUUGCGAACACUGUAUUCUAAACUGGAGGGCUCGAUAGAACCCCAUAUAGACGACGAGACAGAACUGCUUCGUUACGCCUCCCCAAAACUACUGAAGCUGCUGCAGAUCCUGAGCUACUUUCGGCCUCGAAGCCAAGGUGGAGGUGCAAGUCAAGUCCCGCAAGAGGAGCUGUGUGGCAUCAUAUUCGUCGAGCAGCGGCGCACAGCGCAAGUAUUGACCAAGUGGUUGAGCGAGGUGGCCGAAGGACUGCCUGAGUAUGCCUUCCUGCGACCGCAGUUCAUGGUCGGCCACGGGGGCAGCCUCACAAAGGGCCUGCAGGAAGCAGGAAUGACGUUCUCCAAGCAGUAUAAGGUUCUGAAAGGGUUCAGGAGCCACAAGUACAACCUCCUUGUGGCGACCGCCGUGGUGGAAGAAGGCAUGGAUGUACCAAGAUGCAACCUUGUCGUGCGCUUCGAUCGUUGCAACAAUUUCCGCAGUUACAUCCAGUCUAAGGGCAGAGCACGAGCUCGGCGUUCUUUCUUUGUCCUCAUGGUCUGUGAGGAGGUGCAGGAAGACGCAAUGAUCCAGCUCGCAACCAAUGUCUCAAUUGAGAAGAACCUCAUGGAGAAGUGCCAUGGUCGAAGAGUUCCAAACAGCGUAGAAGUAGAUGCAAGUUUCCUGAAGGAUGAGUUGCUGCCUGCAUACAUGCCUGUGGCAAAGGACGGCGCCGCGAGGGUCACCGUAGCAACCGCCAUUGGGCUGGUCAAUAGGUACUGCGGGAAGCUGCCUUCAGACAUGUUUACAACAUUGAGGCCCAGCUUCACGAUAACCGGAUCUAGUGGUCGUUUUGUGUGCACCGUCUACCUCCCCAUGACUAGUCCGUUGAAGGAGCCCAUCAGGGGGGACAUAAUGGAAACGAAGAAGGCCGCUAAGAUGGCAGCUGCUCUUAAAGCGUGCAAAAGGCUUCAUGAGAUAGGUGAGCUCGAUGACAACAUGCUUCCUGUCAAGCGCGUUGUGGACAUCGGCAGUACCGAAGAUGAAGAGGAAGGUACUGCACCAGCUGGCACUCCUAAGGCUGGUACCAAGAAGAGGAGGCGCUACUACCGGAAAAGGGUUUGUCAACUGUUUCAAAAUGCACGAUUGGAUUCUGCCGGGUCAUACCACUUGCACGUACUGAAAACUCAGCUGGUGCAUCUGGCUUCCGAGGCCCAGAACUGGAGGAAGGAGAAACUCCUUGACCCCGAAGAUACUUCCUUGUGGUUUGGAAUUUUGCUAAAGGAAAAAAUGCCCACGCUUCCGGGCUUCCCAAUAUUCACACGAUCGGGAGAAGAGCUGGUGACCGUGGUUUAUGCCGGCACCAUGGAUCUCACGGCAGAACAGUGUGCACUGGCAGAGACAUUUCAUCUUGCUUUGUUCGAUGAAGUGCUCAGGAUGGAAAAGAGGAAGUUGCUCCACUUUGAUGUUGGCAACUCUCCCAAUCGCGUCACGGUCGUGCCUGUUACUUUAGAUGGUUCGUGUGCAAUGAUUGACUGGUCCUUCGCCAACAUGACUCUGAACCCUGCAAAGAAAGAGAAGAAUGAGAAAUUUGUCUUUCGCAAGCACGAGUACGAGAAUGCCGUUGUCGUCCCACAUUACAAGUUUCCCAACUACCCAUACAACAGUUUCUAUGUGAAGACUAUCCGCGAAGACCUUACUCCCGACAGCGAAUGGAAAGAGGGAAAGGGAACCUUCCGAGAAUAUGUGGAGCACAUUCACAGCCUGGAAAUUACGGACCCCUCGCAGCCGCUCCUCGAGGUGGGUUUUACGGAAAAACGGCUGAACAUGCUGACCCCACGUUAUGCUAACCGCAAGGGUGAUACGUUCACCAAGAAGACUGGGAAUGACCGGUUGGAACUCAGGUUGCCAGAGUUCUGCGACAUCCAUCCUCUGCAAGCGCCCAUCUGGAAGAAGGUGGUCUGUCUCCCAAGUAUACUGUACCGCCUCGGACAACUGCUCCUCGUUGAGGAGAUGAGGGUGGGUGUCACGGAGAGCACCGGCGUCGGUAUGGUACACGGGGUGGAGUCUUGGCCCCUCCUCGACUACCAGUGCGUCGUCCCCGGGAGUCUCGCUAUCACGGAAAACCUGCCGAAGACCGAAGAAGUUGCUUUCGGAACUCUCCUCCGCGACCACGGAAAUACCGACGUCGUGCAAAUGCCGAGGAUAUCGAAGUCUUUCGAGUACCAGCCGAAGUUGGAGGGCAAUCCCGGGCCAGGGCCAGGGCUGUUGCUCGAGGCAAUGACGUGGGCCAAGGCAGGGGAUGGAUUUGAUUUGGAGAGGCUGGAGGUUCUUGGAGACUCUUUCUUGAAGUUUGUGGUCACAAUCGACCUCUUCUGCUCCCAGACAUCUGCCCAGGAAGGGCUGCUGACCGAGGCAAGGGCGCGAAUAAUCAGCAAUCGCAACCUCCACCGGCUGGCAUGCCGGCUUAACAUCGGCGAACGUAUUGCAUCGAGCAUGUUUGAGCCCCACCGCUCCUGGCUGCCUCCAGGCUACGUGAUGCCAGAGGAUGCCGAAGAAAUCCUGCUGGAUACUGCCUUCGUGUGCUGGAUGCUGAGUGGCAACUCCCGAAAGUUGGAAACUGUGAGCGCCGACGAGCUGCGCCUUGCAUACGCUAAGUUCAAGUCCGAAUCGUCUGCACCCGAGUACGUGGCAGGACAAAACGACGUCAGCGGUCCAGUGCCGAUCUGCUUGACUACGCAGCUGGCAGACAAAGGAGUCGCAGAUUCAGUGGAGGCCAUCAUAGGGUCCUACUUACUUGUCUGUGGCCCGAUCGGAGCGAUUAAGGUGAUGAGAUGGUUGGGCUUAAAGCUUUCCCAGUGCAACCUAGACCACGCAGCUUCUGGAGCAGGCGAGCCUCGAUCGUCUUUCUUGGGCUUCACGCCACCCACCACGGGUCUCGUAUACUGUGGAACCGACUCUCACAAAGAGCUUGAGAUACAGCUGCGGCGUCUCUCUCCUACCAUCAAGGAAGUGGAAUCCGCGCUGGGCUACACUUUCCGCGACAGGUCAUUUUUGCUUCAAGCCGUAACGCACGCAUCCUACUACAAGAACCGCCUCACAGACUGCUACCAACGUCUGGAGUUCCUGGGUGACGCCGUCAUCGACUACCUGGUGACGCGGUACAUCUACGAAGGCCCCCUGAAAUUUAACCCGGGCCAGCUGACCGACCUACGCUCUUCGCUGGUCAACAACAGCUUCUUUGCGUCAUUGAUCGUGAAGUACAGACUGCAUGGGUGCCUCAAGCACUGUAAUCCGGGCCUCUUCAGCGCCAUCACGAGGUUUGUGGAGUACCAGUCAAUGACCGGUGACCUGAACGAAGACGAGGAGGAAGAGAAUGGCAUGGAUCAAUUUGGAGAUGAUGGGGUGCUGGACCUGAACAAGGAACAGAGAGAAACCAUGGACCAAACGGACUUCCAUAAGAAAUUGUACUUCGAAGAAACAGAGUGCCAGGAGCCGGAAGAAGUGGAAGUUCCAAAGGCACUGGGGGACCUCUUUGAGAGCCUCAUGGGAGCAGUGUUUCUCGACUGUGGCAUGUCUCUGGACCGGGUGUGGCAUGUCAUCUAUCGCAUGUUUGGUCGGGAGAUCGAGUGCUUCUCCAAGAACGUGCCUCUGCCACCAAUACGGGAACUAAUGGAGACGUUUCCAAUGGCUCAGUUCAGUCCAGCGGAGCUCUUGCCAAGUGGCAAGGUCAAGGUGGAGCUCAACGUGAAGGGCAAAUCUUUCUCUGCCAUCGCCAAGAGCAAAAAGGUGGCCAAGAGCGCACUUGCCAAGAAGUGCCUGCGUGCUGUCAAGAAAUCCAACAACCCAUAGGAGGGCCACACUUUCUAAAUAUACCACCCCUCACGAAUGCAAGGGUCUGGAACCUGUUGACGAGUUAGCAUACUAAAUGUGUUUAACGUGUUUUAUUGUAUUUUACAAGUUUAUUGCGUGUUGACGUACCUACAAUGUUAUAGCUUUUAUAAAAUAUAUAUUUUUACGAAUAUUUUUGAAUUUUUAA